UUGUUAAAUUUGUUACUCCGUUAAAAUCUCAAAUGAUUAACUUUAGUUCUAGGUUUGUUAAUUGAUGUUAUUAGAAGAAAUUACGUCACUCGCUCGGCGUCUUGUCAAUCUGGUGGUUCCUUUUUACUCUCGCGAGGAAGGUCCCUGAAGUAGCCAUGAAGUCACCUGCUUUUGGAGAUGCUUUUUUGUAAGGAGAAAACGAUAAGUGUUUACGUAUAUUUAUCUACUUUUUGUUGUGUUACAUGUCUAUGUGACUUGUUUUUUUCCUCCACAAGAGUUCAUACAGUCUUUGAUAGGAUGACUUUUGUGAAUUCAACAGUGGAAACUAGGUGCUGCUGUGUGAAAUUCUGGAAUCUGAUGUAUGGAUGUCAAGGCGGGACCAAAAUGGCAGUCUACCUGUGCGUCUUAUAGGUGAAUGAUGAACAUGCGCACCACAGUCAAUGGUGGCAGGUGCUAAUAUCUUUGCUAACUUCCUGUUUCAAGGCGAAUCUCCAACAACUGCUUACUAUGCAAAGUCGUGGUUCAAUUUUGGUGCCUGUGCAGACUCCUUGGAGGAGUUCGUUUACGUACGACCCCUGGACUCGGCCUCAUCUGCAAACCAAAAUGGCCGACUCCCUGUGCGGUUUUUCAAUUUUUUUUAUGUAGUUUUUUAUUUUUUAUGUAUUUAUUUUGAAAAUAUAUAUUAUUUAUUUACUUUUUUUUGAGUGUUCUUUACUUUCUCCUGGUACUCUGCUUUCCUCCCACAUUCCAAAACAUGCAUGUUAGAUUAAUUGGCGACUCUAAUUGUCCAUUGGUAUGAAUGUGAGUGUGAAUGUCUAUAUGUGCCCUGCGAUUGGCUGGCGACAAGUCCAGGGUGUACCCCGCCUCUCACCCGAAGUCACCUAGGAUAGGCUUCAGCAUACCCACAACCCUAGUGAGGAUAAGCGACAUAGAAAAUGGAUGGAUGGAGUUUUCUUUACAGCAUAGGUUCCUUGAUGAUUUUUUUGUGCGUCUUGUCCUGAUGAACGUAGGUGAUGGAUUUUGUGUCAAUCGGUCACACUGGAGGCGGGUGAUAAUAUUGUACCUAUCAUUUUACCCAUAAAUACGUAAAAUACGUCCAAUAAAAUACAUACAUUCCACCAGGAUGCACGUGCUUGCAAAAUGUGGUGAGUUUUCCAGUGUGUUAAAGCCGUCAAAAAGCCGAUUGCAGUUCCGUGCUCGGGCCCUGAUAAUCCCUUCCGGGGUCAGAACGUGGCCAUUACAUUGUGACAUUGUACAGACCGCAAGGAGUUACUCUUGGAGUGCUUUUCCACACCAUGGUGGCUCCUGUGUGCUCAUCCCUAAGUUUGACUCAAUCCCCCUGGUGAUCCACGUUGAGCCUCAAUAUCGUCCCCCCACCCCACCUCCUGCUCCAAUCAACAAUACCUCAGCUUGUCACAUGACCUUUUGCCAUUGUGGCCUUGUGCUCGGCUUCUGUCUGCAAACAGCAUCGCACAGUGAGGUGCAUGAGGGAGAUCAGGGAUGCUUUUCUGGCUCCAAACGCGGAGGACUUACUCCAUCGCUUCCUAUUGAUGGACACGUGAGCCAAGCAGGACGUCUUUGAGUCCCAUGGGCGACACUUUUUCUCAUCCAACCAGCUGAACUGAAUCCUUGAGAAGGGACGACAUGGAGGACCCGGUCCUGGAGCCCAGGUCAGAGCGGAUCGCCCGCUACAAGGCGGAGAGGAGGCGGGAACUGGCCGAGCGCUUCGGCAACAUGGAGGACUUAACUCCCCAGCGGGUGAACCGAGAGGUGCACAAGGCCGGCUCACAUGGCCAGGGAGUGAAUGGAAAGAUGUACAGAGUCCAGAAUGGAUCAGACCCUCUUUCAGAAUCCACCUGCUUGUCAGGGCAGGGUUCCCAGGACAGUGCCAACAUGCCAGGCGAGGAGGGGCACCCGGUGCAGCAGCUCCACACUCGGGUGUCAGUCGGCCAGCUGAGGAGUGCUCUUCUGCAGCAGGCUGGAAGUGGAGGGGAGACGGACAAUAUCUGUGUGGAUGACGGCCGAGCCACGUCCUCUCUGGACCUGGCGGUGAAGCCAGCCUCGGACGGGGGCCGCCGGCGCACCCGGCGUUACCAUCCCGGCGGGCCGAGCAGCGCACGCAAGAACAGUGAGCGCUUCAGGACUCAGCCAAUCACGGCCAAUGAGAUGGAGCAUACCGGCGGGAUGGUGGAUGCUGAGGAAGAGAAGAAGAAUGAAGCCGACGUGAAAACAGAUGAAAAAGCCCAAAUGAGCGUGGCGGCCAAGAUGUCUUUAUUUAAAGAAAUGGAAAAGACGGCCGCACCCGAGGCAUCGGCCUUCCUCAAGCCUCGCUCGGGAAGCAUCUGCCACGAACGCAGGGCACGCCGCGGCAACGACCAUCGCUUCCUCACUCAGCCAAUUACCUGCGAGGAAAUGGUGGCCAUCAGUACGCCCCCAGCAGCACCACAGGAGGCCGACUCUUCACAGGCCGAGCCAGCAGAGGGCGACGAUGAGGGCUGUAAGCUGAGCGUGAGUGAGAAGCUGGCGCUCUUCAACAAACUCUCACUGCCGGAGGCGCCGGGGGCCACGCACGCUGACGGGCCUCCGGAGAGGCGCAGGCAGAAGGGGGCCCGCUACCGCACCCAGCCCAUCACAGUGGAGGAAGUCAGCCUGCUCCAGAAAGGCCCCGUGCAGCUUCCCGCUUUGUGUUUGUCCUCUCAUCUGUCUGACAGACAACAGGCCUCGUCUGUCAACCUGAAGCCCAGCGAGCUGCGUCUCACCCAAUCCAAACCCGACAUCAGCCCUACAGAGCGCUCCGCCUCCCAGCAGGAGAUGCAGCGAUGCGAAUCUGAGCCCGGUUUGAGAGGAAUCCUCAAGAGGAGCCGCUCGGAGCGUGGCAGGACGCCGUGCGCCUACCUGGACGCGCCUCAGGAACACAACGGAGCUGUCCCGCACCGAGACAGAGCAGUUGAGGCGAGGACGGAUGGGCCGACACCGCAGAGAGGGGAAUGUGAGGCUUCCGGAGAGGGCGGAAGAACUUUGACGGCCGCCCCCUGGAGGCAGAGGGCUCGGAACAGGCGGGAGACAAUCGCUUGCAUGCCAACACGAGUGCUGUCGGUACAUCUUGAUCAGCAGGAGGAGAUACCACAUCAGAAGACGCCAGAGACCACUAUAUCUGUAGAACACACUGGAAGGCACAAUAAUGAAGACGUCACCACUGCUCCAGUGAACGGCAGCACUCAAAUGCGCCAGAUGACCAACGGUAGCAAGGGAGAAAACUGUCACCCAGAGGGAGUGAGGCCUCAGUGUUGGGAGCCCGUCUUUGCCUCUGUGUAUUCUAGCCGUACACCUCAGUAUAUUGUGUGUUUCAAUCAGACCAACCAGUCCUUUGAGGCACAAGAGGUGGCAUCUCCAACGAAGACCCGAAGUCCGCCUCAGUGGAGAGAAAAGGCUGAAGAAGACGGGGAGAACAUGUGUCUGUUGAUUGAUGCAGAAGAAAAGAGAGCUGUUGCAUCUCCAGAAUUAACCCGAAGUCACCCCAGUUGUGACAAGAGUCAAUCUAGUGACACUCCAGCUUGCACAGUUGAAGCAGAUAACCAGGAAGAGAUGCCUUCUGAGAAUGGUUUCUGCACCCGCCAACCCUCCUCAGAUGGGGCACAGGACCUGGACCUGCUCUGCCAGACCAACACCCCAAUGCUGACCUCAGCCGUUGCUGAGCACCGUCGGGCAGUGCGUCCGUCCCGCCGCACGCAGGGAUCUCGCAACCCUCUUCGGGCUUUGGCAGCCCGCGAGGACAUCAGGCAGGACUUCAUGGGGCUCAACACGACCACUGAGGAGACCACACAGUCAGAGAAAAAGUCUAAUAACUCCUCCAGUGCACACUUGAACACCUCCUCAUCCUCUCCGGAUCUUCAGGAGUGUCAUCCACCCUUCACUAGCCCGAUGCUGGUCUUCAUAAAAGGAAGGCAGCGCGUCCAGGUCCGCCUGGCCGAGCCUUCGGCGAACUCCUUGAACAGCGGAGACUGUUUCCUCCUGGUCACCACAGAGAACUGCGUCCUGUGGAGCGGAAAGUCUGCCAACGAGAAGGAGCGAGCGAAGGCCGCAGAGUUGGCGUCUUUCAUUCACAGCCACAAAGACCUCGGCUGUCAGGCUACCAAGGUCGUCCACCUGGAGGAGGGGCUUAACUGUGACAGCAGCCAGGCCACUGACUUCUGGAAUGUUCUGGGAGGAAGGACACCUUCCAGAGGAGCAUCAUCACUAGAGGACGAUGAACUGUAUGAACGCGGUGCUGUGGAGUCCAACUGUGUUUACAAGCUGGUGGAGAACCGACUGGUACCUCAUGAACAAGCCUGGGCCUCCAUGCCCAGCAUGUCCCUGCUGGAGUCCAGUCAGGCGCUGGUGUUUGACUUUGGCAGCGAGGUGUACCUGUGGCUGGGGAAAGACGUCCCCGCCAGUGGUCGGAACGUGGCUCUCCAGCUGAGUCGGCAGGUAUGGGUCGGCGCCUACGACUAUGGCAACUGUCGAGUCAACCCGCUGGAUCCCACACGGUGCAGCGCCAAUGCGCAGUUGAGGGGGGAAGGACGUCCCAGCUGGGCUCUGUUUGGUGUCAUCUUGGAACACAAUGAGACGUCUCUGUUCAAAGAGAAGUUUGUGGACUGGACAGGAAGAGGCGGAGCCCAGGAAGAAGCUUCUCCAUUGGCCAAUGAGACUCAGUCUCUCUCAGUGGUGCCGUCAUGUGACCCCCUAAGGCCCUGUGACGCCAAGGCUUUGGUGUCGGGUGGAGCGGCGGUCGAGGACGGAGAAGCCCAUACUGUGCUGGCUGGCGUUGACGUCCAGAGGGGCUAUGGCGCGGUCACGCUGGAGGGUGGGGUGCAGGCGCAGCUGAGGACGGUGGGCAUUGACACGUGGCACGUCAACGAGUUUGACGACUGCGAAGUCCCUGUAGAGAGCACGGGACAACUCUACGAGGGGGACUCAUAUGUCAUCCGCUGGACAUACAGCAUCAGCACUGCUGACGAGAGUGAACAAAAAGAAAACGCAGCCUUCUUCCUGUGGCGAGGUCGUCAUUCCGCUGUGAGUGGACGGGACACUGCUGCCUUUCUCUCCAUCGGGGUGAACAACAAUGAAGAAUCACAGGUUGUGAUCCAUCAAGGAAAAGAGCCUCCAUGUUUCCUGCAGCUUUUCCAGGGAGGUCUGAUCAUCCACAAAGGCCACAGAGAGACCACCUCUGCUCAAACAGCAGAGCAUGUAGGCUCCUGGCACAUGUUCAGCGUGCGAGGGGAGCUCCCUGAUGAGGGCUCGCUGCUAGAGGUGGAGUGUUGCUGCGCCGCCCUGCGCUCCAGGGGCUUGCUGGUCCUGGUCAACGGCCAGCAGGGAGUGCUGUACCUUUGGACUGGCUGUAAAGCUCUUGCUAGCUCCAGGGAGGUGGCCAAAAGGGCGGUGGAGCGCCUUACUCAAGUGUGUCCACCAGAACUAGGUCUCCGUGGUCCAAGCAGCCCAGUGAAGAUACAGGCGGUAGAGGAAGGCUCAGAGCCUGAAGACUUUUGGGCGGUGCUGCGACACAUGGACAGGAAGGCCUAUGACUGCAUGCUGCAAGAUCCAGGCAAGUAUAACUUCACCCCCCGCCUUUUCCACCUGAGCGCCUCUUCUGGAAGCUUCCGGGUGGAGGAGCUGCACAGUCCGUUGCGUCUGCCCGGUCUGGUCAUGGCCAUGCCCUUCGUCCAGGAGGCCUUGUAUGCGCCGCCACCACCUGCUCUGUUCCUGCUUGACAACCGCUUUGAGGUCUAUCUGUGGCAAAGAAACCAUCCUGUGCAGGGGCGUGAAGAGAGCUGGAACAGUGAGAGGAAGUGCGCCAUGGAGACGGCGCUGCAGUACUGCAACGAGGCCAACCCCAGACGCCCUCCACAGGCCUACCUCAUCCUGGAGGGCUCAGAACCUUUGACCUUCACUAAUGUGUUCCCUCGCUGGGAGAGGACCCGGGAAGGCCUGGCGCAGGGCAGCAUGGGCCGAUCCAAGCUGACCCUGGUGCAGGACGCCCUGGCCCAGCUCACGCGGAUCCAGUACCCCCUGGAGCGGCUGCUGCAAAGCCCCUUACCUGAUGGAGUGGACCCGCGACACCUGGAGGUCUACCUGUCGGACCAGGACUUCAAGACCAUUUUGGAGAUGGAGCGAAAGGACUUUGCCUCCCUGUCAAGCCGGCAGCAAGCUGACCUGAAGAGAAACAAAGGACUGCUUUCCCAAAUAACAGAAAAUAGUAUGUAGAAAACACAAAAAGUAUGGUAUAAUUCAACUUUAUUUAUGUAAUUCAUGGACUUUUUAAACACGUACAGACAGUAGAAGACACGUUUCCAAUCACUGAAUCUGUACAAAUCACAGGUAGACCGACUAUGGAGAUAAUUCAGUGACAAUUAGUGUAUGUGGUGCAUGGGUGCUGAGAAAAGAUCGAAUAAAAAAUAUACACAAGGAAAAAAGAGGUUAAUUGUCUAAGCAGAUUGUCUUUACGUAUUCAGACACACUUUAUGCGUGAUUGUUACAACAAUAUUCUAUGAUGAACACAGUGAAGCUGGCAGCCAUGUUGGACUGCACCUUCGCAGAACAACAUGCAAGUUGUGCUCCGCCUCCAGUUAGCAAUUAGCUUGUUCGAGCUAAAACUGUUUUACUACUUGUGUAUUGUACCAAACCAUUUUUUUUCACCUUAAAAGGGAAGUUUCUGAAGUCACACUGACCCUUGUUCACAUUUUGUUCGCCAGGUUCUGCUGGUCCGCUCAGCAGCAGAACAUUUUUCUCGGGAUGGAUUAGCUCACUAAGCCUUCAUGUGAUUGGAUUAAAGCCCACCACCACUGGGAGAUGGCCCACUUGGCAUUUCCAACUAUUAUUACUUAAAGUGGUGAGGAAGUGCCUAUAAGAGAAGAUGAAGAAUGUUUUAAGUCUAGAUGGCCUGCUCUCUCUGGACUUCACCUCCAGCUUGGCUCCGAUCCGGCUCGGAGGCCAAAGCUGCUUCCCGCAAGACCACCAUGUGGUCUUCGGCCGCGUUCAGCGAUUGGUCGAUCCAGUCUAGACUGCCGGACAUGUGGCAGGCGUUGCGGGUGACCAGAACCAGGUGGCUGACAGACAGGAGCAGAGCCGUGGCCCUGGGUCAGGAAGAUAAAUUACAAUUUAGGAGCAAUCCGUAUAGGAUGUUAACUCACUUGGGGCGGUGUAGUUCAUUCUCCAAGUCGGCAGGGGGCAGCACAAUAAUUGAAUGCUUGGCCUGGUCUUUUGUCUACCUAAACUGGACGAGACAUGCUAACUUGACUAGCAUCAGCAAAACGUGAAUUUGCAUUUUUUGCAAGCAUAACCACAUUAGCUGAUGUGUUAACCUUUUGACAGCAAACUGCUGUAGUUACAACUGAAUCAACAACAGCGCCUCUGCUGGUUGCAGCCUGGUAGCUCACUCAAAUUUGCCUUAGUUGCUUAGAAGCGUGAAUAAUUUACAAAUAAUUCUACACACAGUUUUGUAGUGUUUUUUUUAGAAGUUGUUUACUCACCUGGCGUCCAGGAGGAUGGGGUCCAGAGGCGGGUACAUGGAACGCACCACAUCGUCUACCCUGUUCAAAUGCAAGGACGUCACUUAUCCAGCAGGUUAGUACGAAGAGCUUUAAUGGCUUUACCUGGGGCUGAUACGUUUAGCCACCGUGAUGAUAUCACUCAGGCUGGCCGGGGCUUUGACCUUUGCCCCUGAGCCCAUCGUCAUGGCAACCAGCUUCUCAGUCAAAGUGUGGCAGAUCUAUGACAAAAUAAUUCUAUUAGCAUGGAUUCAUCACCCGAGACAAUAUAACAAGCUGAGGUACCUUCAGGAUGGAGAUGCAGUGAGACACCAAACCACUGUAUGGGGAGGACACAAAUAAUUCAGACACAAAUAAAUCAUUUCAUGACAAAAGACAAGACAAGGGCGGCCUGAAUGAACGUACGAGGCGUCCUCUAUCCAGUCCUCAUUCUCCAGGAUGGCCUCGAUGUGAGGGUUGGUAAUGACCACGUCGUCCAGCUCCAGCUCUGACAGCUCGCUUUGGGUCUCCAUGGCUCCGAUCAGGUCCACGGUGGGCCUAAUGGGACAUGAAGAACAGAUUAUCGCCUCUAUUCUGUUUACCGCAGAGACUCUCCUAUAGUUGCAUGGUCUACAAAAACAAAGAAGAUGGUAGUAGCUGCCUCUGAAGUGUCAUGAGUCAUGGAGCACCUUUAUCUACCUCUGCAUCCACUUUAAAAUGUUGUGACUCAGCUGUUGAUGUGAAAAUGAUGUGUGUACACUGCCCAUAGUUGUUUUUUUUUUUUUUUUUUUACAAUGAAUUAAUCCUCGCUAUUAAUGUUGGCUGAGCAGUUUAGCUCCUUACUGCUAUUACAGCAUUGGUUCUGUUGCUGCUGUGUUGUGCAAUAUACUUGUUCAUAAACAGCCACAUGGUCAA